AUGGCCGAGGACGGUGCUGGUAUGUCGCUGUGCAGUACCUGCUUAGCUAUCGACCUACUCAACAUCCCCGCAUACCCAGAUAAAUACAUCCUGAAUAAAGGAUCUAUUUUUCGACCCACCUUGAGUUUGCUGCAACUUUGGGGUUCUUGGAGAGAAGAAGAGGUGUCACAAUUUGGCGUUCAAUUCCACCGAACUUUCGAAGACCUUUUGGACGCCUCAAAAGAUUGCGCUAUCUGCGCCGCGGUUCUUCACGGCGCUCAUAUCUUCAAGAGCUGGCUUACCCAAUUGAGCGAGCAAGAUAUGAAAGAUGAACACAUCAGCAAGUACCUUGAGGACGGAUCAGUUUGGAACAUGCGACUUGUCAAAUACUCCCAGGACACAGAAAACAUCCUGGUCAUAUCAUUCGACGCUGAACACAAUUCCAUCCGUCUGAUCAGUGCUUUCAGACUGUGCGUUUCAGAUGACAGCGAUCCAUUGAGCGCUUCGAUCACUGGACGAUGCUUGAGGAAAAACCCAACAGUUGACUCAAUAUCCGACCAAGUUGGGAAAUGGCUGAGAGACUGCGACCGAGAGCAUGUCCAACUCAGGUGCUGUAUAGGCGAGAGGUGCUUGCCGACGAGGGUUCUCGAUGUGGGCAUCGAUGACAAGCAAACCUACAUCAAGUUAUACGAGGCUCGGGAUGCAUGCGGGAAAUACGCCGCUUUGAGUUACAUGUGGGGUCAAGGAAAAGAUCAUUUCAGGACCACCAUGGCGAGCCUUGAGGAACACAAGGAGGGCAUCAUUACUGCGACUAUGCCCCAGACAUUCCAAGAUGCUGUCACCAUGACGCGCAAAUUGGGAAUACGCUACCUCUGGAUUGAUGCGCUCUGCGAGGACUAUGUGUGGGAUGAGCCUCUCUCGAAGAGAGGCUGGACUCUGCAGGAGCGUUGGCUUGCGCCGCGUCUUGUCCAUUUCGGUUCACAGCAGAUGUCGUUUGAGUGCAACGCGUACUUUUUGUGCCAAGAUGGAACGAAAUUCUCAGGGCGCUACAGCGACGCCAGAAAAGACUGGGACACCGUCGAGGAAGACGAGCGCGCCCUACGAGCUUCUACCGAGUGGACAGAGCUUGUGACCGAGUAUUCUUUACGGAAACUUACCCGUGGCACGGACAAGCUUCCCGCUAUAUCAGGUAUCGCGAGAAUGAUUGCAGGUCAGAUCAACGAUCAGUACGUCGCUGGACUUUGGCACAAGGCGAUUAUUGAAGGAUUGUCAUGGGAGUGCACUGAACCUGAUCAAGCUGCCACGCAUUACCAAGCACCAUCUUGGUCUUGGGCAUCUCUCAAUGGGCCAAUUUCGCAGCAGAGCUUCGGCAACUUAAUGGGCGAUAAUGGUCUUGAGGUGACGAUUGCGAGCCUCUCGAGGGUUCUGGAUUGUGUAAUUACACCAAAAGGCGAGGACCCAUACGGCGAAGUUCUUACCGGCUCUUUAAAGAUGGAAGGAUUAUUCAAGACCAUAGGUCCUGUGGACUGUCACACAGAGACGAAGGUGAAGUUACACCUGAAGGGUAUUCACGGAGCUGUCUCCGAAAUGAAGUUUGAUACCACAGAAAGCGCAAGGGAGGCGUCGAAUGCAACACUCAGCUGGUUUAUGCUGUUUCAAAUGACCCAAAUGCACGAGAAGCCUGGGGCCAAGCUCCACAUGCAUCAAGAAGGUAUCGUCAUUAUACCCACGGGCGAUGGCUCGUACCGACGCCUUGGAAAACUACGUAUAGAUUAUGCUACCUGGGGAGACAAUAAGCUGGGAAUCAACUUUGAGACGCGGAACGUGGUUAUAGUAUGA